AUGGAAAGAUCACCGAGUUUACCCCUUCAUCCUCCAACUUAUGGAAAUUCGAUCACCAUUCUGAGUAUCGAUGGUGGUGGGAUAAGAGGGCUUAUCCCUGGAACCAUUCUUCAUCUCCUAGAGUCAGAGCUUCAGAAACUAGAUGGCGAAGACGCAAGAAUCGUGGACUAUUUCGACGUUAUUUCUGGAACAAGCACUGGUGGCCUCGUUACUGCCAUGCUAGCCACUCCAGAUGAAAACAACCGCCCUGUAGUCGCUGCAAAAGAUAUCAAAGACUUCUAUCUCAAUCACUGCCCUAAAAUCUUCCCCCAAGACAGUUGCCCUUUCAAACCGGUUACGAAGAGGAUCAAAGCCAUGGCGGGACCCAAAUACAAUGGAAAAUACCUUCACAGUGUCGUGAGGGAGGAGCUUGGAGACAAAAGAUUGCACCAAACAUUGACAAACGUCGUGAUACCGACCUUCGACAUCAAGAGCCUUCAGCCAACUAUUUUCUCUAGCUACCAGCUGAAGAAAGAUCCAAGCAUGGAUGCCUUGCUCUCGGACAUAUGCAUUUCGACUUCGGCAGCACCAACUUAUCUCCCGGCUCAUCAGUUUGAAACUGAGGACUCCACAGGCAAAGUGAGAGAAUUCAACCUCAUCGAUGGGGGCGUUGCUGCAAAUAAUCCGACACUGGUUGCGAUGGGAGAGGUGACCAAGGCAAUCGUGGGAGGGAGUUCAGACUUCUUCCCUAUAAAGCCAAUGGAUUACCGGAGGUUCUUGAUGAUCUCCCUCGGGACCGGAACUACGAAGGCUGAGGGGAAAUACACGGCACCUGAAGCGGCCAAGUGGGGAGUGCUGCGUUGGUUGACCAGCGGUGGCUCCCCAUUGAUCGACGUCUUCAGUCAUGCCAGCGCGGACAUGGUCGACUACCACCUCUCUGCCGUGUUUCAAGCCCUACAACUCCACGACAAUUAUCUUAGGAUCCAGGACGAUACACUGAGUGGUGUUUUAUCAUCUGUGGAUGUGGCCACGAAAAAGAAUCUGAAUGACCUGGUCAAAAUUGGUGAGGCAUUGUUGAAGAAGCCGGUCUCUAGGGUUAACUUGGAGACCAGCGUGAGCGAACCCACGUCGAGCCAAGAGACCAACGAAGAGGCUUUGAGAAGGUUUGCUAAAUUACUCUCCCAAGAGAGACAGCUUCGCCACGCAAGGUCGCCUCACGGACAUGCCAAUACGCCAAAGUGA